AUGUCCCGAGAAAUGCUUGGAAUCUGCUGGGAAGGUUUAUUUUCCUUUAACGUUAAACCAACCCCCCCACCUGGGUUACAAUGCAGUGGGUAUGGUGAUGGGAGUUGCGAUUGCUUGAUUGGAACUGGUGGAAUCGAAACCGAGAAUGGAGAAAAUUGGGGGCUGGGUGGUGAUGAUGAUGAUGAUGAUGAUGAGGAUGAUGAUGAUAUUUAG